AUGAAAUUCUCUGUUCUUGCCCUUCUCGCCAUUCCAACCGCCUUUGUUGCCGCUGCUCCAGCCACCACCACCAACCCAUACGCUACUUAUCCUCAAGUGCCAAAGACUGCUUCAAUCAACGGGUUUGCUGAUCCUAUCUACACCAAGUUGCCAGAGUGUGCCCAACCUUGUGUCAAGCAAAAAACUUCCAACACCCCAUGUCCUUACUGGGACACUGGUUGUUUGUGUGUUAUGCAACAAUUCGAUGGCCCUAUUGGUGAGUGUAUUGCCUCUAGUUGUAAGGGAAAUAACGUCAAGUCUGCAACCAGCUUGGCUUCUUCGCUCUGCUCCUCAGCUGGUGUCCCAUCGCCAUACUGGUUUGUUCCAGCUUCCGUUGCAACUGCUUUGAGUACUGCUGCU